UUGACAGUUUUGACGUAAUUGACAUUUCUGAUUUGCUUCGAAAUUGAUAGAAAUCCUCUAUUCUCAUUAGAUUUUUCUUGGUCGAUUGUUGUGCAAAUGCUAAAGUGAAGCUGUAAUAGGGGGCGGAUGGCUGUUGUAUACAUGUAAGUGACUAGCACUCUCUUGUAAUCAUGGCUAUGUCAAAGGGAUUUAAGGUCUUAGAGAAAUCCGCUCCGCCAAACCCGUACAGUAUAAUCUUACAACAUAGAAAUAAAGACUCAGCGCUUCUCUUCGAGUCUCAAGCUGUGGUCUCGCUGUCAUCUCAAGAAACAGAAACAUUGCGAAAACAGUAUCAUAAAAUUGCAGACGCCUAUGGAGUGCUAGGUGUCCUGCAAUUGAAUUCUGGAGAGAAUUGUUUGCUGUACCUGGUUCUUGUAACGGGAUGUUGCUCAAUCGGUAAGAUUGGAGACGUUGAGGUAUUUAAAAUUACCCAGACACAAUUUCUGCCACUAUUUUAUCAAACACAAGGAGAGGACAAAGUUUCGGAAGUCAGGAAGUUAGUAAACUCUGGAACUUUUUACUUUUCUUGGAAUUCAGGUAAAACUCCUAAUCUUUUUGAUCUCACAUUAUGUGCUCAACGUAAAAGUAAGGGAGCCAGUCCGGAUAACAGGUUCUUUUGGAACAGAACAUUGUUUAUACAUUUAAUAAGAUAUGGAAUUGACUGUGAGGAGUGGCUGACUAGAGCUAUGUGUGGUUCAGUGGAAAUCAGGACCAUAUAUGUUGGUCAUAGACAAGCAAGAGCAGUGCUGGUCUCCCGUCUGAGCUGUGAGCGUGCUGGAACAAGAUUCAAUGUUAGAGGUUGCAAUGAUGAUGGCAAUGUUGCCAAUUUUGUGGAAACAGAACAAGCUAUUUAUAUUGACGAUUCAGUAGCUUCUUAUAUUCAGACCAGAGGCUCAGUGCCUCUAUUUUGGGAACAACCUGGUAUCCAAGUAGGAUCUCACAAAGUGAAGAUGUCAAGGGGAUAUGAUGCAUCUACCAGUGCAUGUGAUAGACAUUUCUCUCAAUUGAAGCGUAACUAUGGCUCUUUAAUAGUUGUAAACCUAUUGGGGUCUAGUCUGAUUGGAGGCAGUGAAGGAGAAGCUACACUGAGCAAUGCAUUUCAGAAACAUUUGAAUGACUCUGCUCACAAUGACGUAGUUCAAAUUAUCUUUGACUAUCACCAAGAAGUCAGAGCCUCUUCUAUAGAAACAGCAUUAUCUAAAUUUAGGAAAAUCAUUGAAAAGCAUUAUGAUGACAUAAGUAUUUUUAGUGCUAAAAGUUCAGACAUCUACAAUAUUCAAAAAGGAGUGAUAAGAACCAAUUGCUUAGAUUGCUUGGACAGAACCAAUUCUAUUCAAACAUUUGUUGGAUUAGAAAUGUUGGCAAUUCAGUUGAUGCUUCUGCAGUGUAUUGACAAAAAACAAAAUGUCAACAGGUUUGAGGAAGUUUUUAAACAAAUGUGGGUCAAUAAUGGCAAUGAAAUAUCCAAAAUAUAUGCUGGCACUGGUGCCAUUCAAGGAGGCUCUAAACUAAUUGAUGGAGCGAGGUCCGCAGCUCGUACUAUUCAAAAUAAUUUACUAGACAACUCCAAGCAAGAGGCUAUAGAUAUUUUACUUUUAGGAUCUACUUUGAACUCUGAACUUGCUGAUCGUUCAAGAAUACUAUUACCAUCAAACUUAUUGCACACAUCGACACCUGUGCUCAGAGAAAUGUGCCGCAGAGCAAAUGAGUUUACACAGCCAACUCCUAUACGAAUCACAAUUGGUACAUACAAUGUAAAUGGAGGAAAACAUUUCAGAAGUCUUGCAUACAAAGAUGUUUCAUUGGCUGAUUGGUUACUAGAUUGCCCUAAUUCAGCUUUAGUGAACACUGUCAACUUAAAGGAACAUCCAUCAGAUAUAUUUGCUAUUGGCUUUGAAGAAAUUGUGGACUUGAAUGCUAGCAACAUUAUGGCAGCUAGUUCUGACAAUGCUAGAGCAUGGAGUGAAGAAUUGGAAAAAGUACUUUGCAGGGAUGCUCCAUAUACUUUAUUAUCAAGUCAUCAAUUGGUAGGCGUAUGUCUUUUCAUAUUUGUAAGGAAAGAUCUGAUUCCACAUAUCCGGGAUGUUGCCCUUGAUUCAGUAAAAACUGGUCUUGGUGGGACUACUGGAAACAAAGGAUCUGUUGGUAUUCGGAUGGUCCUCUAUGGGACCUCAUUAUGUUUUGUUUGUGCUCAUUUCGCCGCUGGCCAGUCUCAGGUUACAGAGCGUAAUGCUGAUUACACUGAGAUAACACGAAAAACUGCCUUCCCAAUGGGUCGCUCACUAUACUCCCAUGAUUAUGUGUUCUGGUGUGGUGAUUUUAAUUACCGAGUUGACUUAGAUAAAGAUGAAAUACGUUUGUUAGUGUCACAAAACAAUUUACAACGAAUUUUAGAUCACGACCAACUAUUACAACAAAAAGACCAAGGUUUAGUGUUCAAAAAUUGUUUUGAGGGAGAAAUAACUUUCCCACCAACAUAUAAAUAUGACUUAUUUAGCGACGACUACGAUACGAGCGAAAAAUGUAGAGCACCUGCUUGGACCGAUCGAGUACUGUGGAGAAGCAGGAAAUAUACGAUUGACCCAGAAGGCACAUCGGAAUUAGCUGCUGGAAAAUUGCUUCAUUAUGGCCGCGCAGAACUCAAACAAAGCGAUCAUCGACCAGUCAUCGCAAUUUUAGAAAUUGAAGUUCUGCAGGUUAGUUAUACGAAAUGCAUGGAAGUAUUUUAUGAGGUUGUAAAGGACCUUGGACCUCCUGAUGCUAGCAUAAUCGUGCAGCCAUUUGAAGAAUAUAAUAGUGAGGAGUCCCCCUUUGAUGACAACGUCGUGGCAGCUGUUUUGCAGGAAUUGUCUACUAUCGGUGAAGUAACAUUAGUUCGGUUUAUUGAUGACGCUGCUCUAAGUAUUACUUUUAGAGAAGGGCAAAAUGCUUUGGCAGCUGCACAGAAGGGACAGAUAUAUGCUUGUUCUAUCCCAUUACAAAUAACUUUAAAAACCCCUAACUGGAUUGAUAUCGUGAGAGCAGAAAUAAAUUUAUGUUCCAACAAUACGGUUCCUUUGUCGGGAGAAGCACAACCAGAGAGGCCUCUUAGGUCAGCACCGCCUACCCCUCGGAGGCAGCAGCCAAGUAGACCACCGGCACCAUCACCAACUCCCCUGGUGCCGUCCCGAGCGCCUGCAAUAAGUCCAGCGCGACCACCUCCCCCACGUCCAGCUCCCCUUACGCCUGACGCAGGUAAGGUUACAGCACAGCCUCCGAUCGCGUCGCCCCCAGCAGACAGCGUGCCGCCCCCCACGUGUGCGCCACCGCCCCCUCCGGAGAGCAGCACGCCUCCACCAGCCGGGCCGCCGCCACCUGUUCCCGCUAGACAGGGUGCACCGCCACCGCUGCCAGCGCGACCUAGACCAUCGUAAUAACGUCGUGUAAUGUACGAAUAAUGUGUACCUACAAGCCAAUGUACACUAUUGUAUAUUUUGUGUUACCUUCCUUUAUUUAUGCGUGCCUAAUCUGUAAAACUUUGUAAUAGUUGUUCAAUCCAUCAGUUAAAUUAUAUAUAUAUUGUUUCGGAAACUGUAAUCCAAUUGCAGUUCAAAUUAUCGUUUAUAUUAUGGAUCACUAAAAUUGAACCAAUUAAUAGUAACUAGUAAAUUUGAGUUGUUACGUUACAUAAUGCAAUUGUUAACCAUAAUUUUAUAAACCUAAACAACACUAUCGCUGUAUGUUACAGUGUUUUUAAUUCUAUAAAUGAUAUAUUAUAUUAAAUUCAAUUAUAUAGAAGUUCAUUUAAAAUAAUGCAUAAGUAGGUACGUAGGUAGGUACUGCUUUUGCUUAAGAUUGAAAACCUGUGUUCCAUAUUAACAAAAUUGUAAUAUUUAUUUUAAUGUUCAUUAAUGAUGAUGCAUUUUUGGAUGUUGUUUUAAAAAUAUUUACUGUUAACAAUUGUAUUUUAGUAGUAUUAAUAUACCAGUGUUUGUGAGGUGCAAUAUAAUCAAUACGUAUCGAUACGUUAGUGUUGUAUGAGAUUACCUAUUGUAUUAGUUAAAUAUACUUACUUAACUUGUAUAGUUUAAUAAAGUACCGUAACCUGGCGAUGUCAGUUCUAGCGGUGCCCAGGCACAUGUAAUUAAUUAACAGGCGCAGUAAUUAAUUCUAUUUUGAAAUAUCUUCAGCGUCUGCGCCGCCAUAUAAUAUGACAUAAGUCGAGUUACUGUAUUGUACACAAUACCUGUGUAUAUAAUAUUUCUUAAGUCUGUAGUUAUCUACAGCUUUACACAAUCAAUGAAUGAAGAUAACGAAAUUCUUUGGUAACAAUUGGAGUGGUUCCAAUAUCUGAAUACAGUGACCUAGUUCGACCGGCUUUUACUGUAAAGAAAAGAAAUGUAUAAGUAUUAUUGUCGAUUUAAGAACGUGUGUUAUACUCUACCUACUGUUAUUUUCUAGUAAUAUCUUGGUACUUUUUCACUGACUAUUUACUACGUUAAUGAUAAUAGAAGCUGAUAACGUAGCUUAAAUGUAUACCAUUAUAGACAGAUAGAAAUAAUACAUUAAUGAUAACAUUAUCACGACAUCUAUAUUAACAUAGAAGCGUAACGAUUAACUUGCAUACUUAAUGUUAAUUUGAAGUUUUCUGUACCUACGUAAUUAUUUUUCUUUCGAACUUCUAGUGUCCAAAUACUCACACUCCACUCAAUUUUAAAUAAGUAUAGUUCAGUCACUAUAAAUUCUUUGUAAAAUGAAAAAGAUGGCACGUUAUUUACCUAAGUACGACUUAAAAUUGAGUAACCUUUCAGUAUUCUGACGUAGAUCAGCUAAUACUUAGGUACUACUAAUCCUAUUUGUUGUACUCUGUGAUUUAUCAUUAUUUCCAUUUUCUUUCUAUUAAUUGAUAAAAUUAAAAGAUCAUGUUAUUUAUGUCUUAGUUUCAACACUACGUUAUUAACGUACAUAUGGAUUUUAUAACACAUUCUGUAUUGUAUAGGUACAGAACUAUAGCUAAUCCAUUACGCAAUAUUUAUUGCCAAUGUUAAGCGGCUAUGGGGAUUGUAUGUUUAGUAGCUAGUGUGUCUAGAUUAACAUACAGCAUAUAAGCAUACAGAUACAACCGAAAAAUCGAAUCAGCCGCCAAUCUAAAGUUCUACCAGUAUGUUUAACACGGAAUGUCAUUAUAGAUUGCUUCCGUGUGGAUCCUGUUGAUCUAUGUUUAUAUUUACUUGUACAUUUAUAGCCAAUAGGUAACUCAUCCAUCAAUGGUUGCUAUUUCUAACAGCUAACUCCAUUAAUUGAAUAGAAACUGCUGAAAAAAUAAUAAUUAUGCAUCGAAUUCUCAGUAAUCGUCUCGGUUUAUUUUUAUUUAAAUAGGAAGAGCUGUCAUAGAAAUAAGUAGAUUUUAUGCAAGUACAUAGUAUUAUAAUAGGAAGUACAUUACAAACAUUUCCUUUGGUGAUGCUCUAGGUCUCUGGUGGAUACUAGAUCUAUUACUUAGUUAAUUUAUAUUUUAUUUUCACUAUUUAGGUACUUAGGUAUCGAAUAAAGAAAUACCUGCAUAUUCUACCUACACAUUAUUUAAAGUUUAAACCACAGUAGUCAUUUACUGGUACUUAUCUACUUUUAGCAAAUCAUUAAGUUCCCAGUAAUGUUCAAUGCUGCAUACUGUUUAUAUACAUAUUGCCUAGCAAUUAGAUAGAGUUUAAGUCAUGAUAUAUCAACUGUUUACUUACUUGGUGUGUCUAUUAAAGAAAAUUAAGUGAUAUGAAUUUAAAAACAUUGUCCAGAUUUAUUUUAAUGUUAAAAGGCUGUGUUUUGCAUUUUAUUCAAAUGAGAUGGAAUGUUGAAAUCUCAAUAAUUUUAAAUUUCUUUCAUGUUUGGUUUAGAUAUUUUUCUGGACUGGUUUGAUGGUAAAAGUUCCAAAAUAUUAUUUUUAUACCUUUUUUACCUAGUUACGUUAUAUUAUAUCCUUUUUAAAUAUAUUUUUAUUAUGUGUGUUGAGUUUUCAACUCUACUCGUAUUAGGUACCUGAUUGUUUUCCUUCUUCAGCUCCAUGGAAGAACUGAGUUUACUAAGGUGUUACGUAUUUUACUAUCGAUCAAAAUAUUAUGUAUGUCUACUUGAUCUUAAUUAUUAUUAAAGUUGGAUGUUAUUCAUAUUUUUUCAAGCAUAGAGUAGGUUGGUGUUUUAAGGUAGUGCUUUGAAUGUUAUGCUACAUGAAUUCACAAAGUAUGGUUUGCAAUAUAUGGCGUUAUAGGUGAAGACCAGUGUUGAUAUGUUAUACAGUUGUAUCAAAUAUAGAAUUAUAU